AUGAUAUCGACGGCAGGGCCGCAACUCUCUAUAGACGAUAUUCUCGUUAGUGAACAACUCAUAAAUGAUGAAAUAUCCUCGAAUGACCCGAAUUCUCUUCGAACAUCACGGUCUUCUCUCAUCAAAACAAAGAAGCGUCACGAUGGACGAUAUCAGUGCCUGCCUGUAGCGUUCGCCGCAUCGCUCUUCGGAAUCCUUGCUACUGUUAGCCUUCUCUUGGCCCUUGCCUGUUUAGUUAUACGGCAAGAGUCAUGUGAACAACCUCAGUCUUCCAACUGUACAGACACUCUUAGAGAAGACAAGGAUAGGCUUGAUCGAAUAUCGAAGGAGCUGUCGGAUGAGUUUAGUUCGAUGCGAAUCAAGCAAAACAUGAGGUGGAUGGCCAAGACAUCACAUAUCGCUGGUACUGUCGAGAAUGCUGCGCUAAUUCGGCGGUUGAGUGAAGAGUAUGAUCGCCUCGGACUCACAGUGAAGACGUACAACUACAGUGUUCUAUUGAACUAUCCGGAUUUUGACAAUCCGAAUACAGUGGAAGUGGAAAAAGAAGGCGGUUUAUGGUUGCGUCUGAGUCGUGGACGUGGUCAUCCCAGCGGACCUCAACAAGCUGUCAACGAGCAAAUAGAUGGGCGUUCUGAAGUGUGGUGGAAUGCGUAUUCGGCUGAUGGUUCAGUUGAAGCCCGUAUGGUGUACUGUAAUUUUGGAACUGUGGACGAUUUCAAUACACUUCAAGAGAUGGGUAUUGAUGUCCGAGGAGCAAUAGUGCUGAUACGAUACGGCGCUCUAGUGAGAUCCGAAAAAGUCAGAGAGGCUGAACAUCGUGGUGCAGUUGGUGUGGUCCUGUACAGUGAUCCAGCCCAAUACGUCGAUCCGAACAGUAAUGGUACUUUUCCACACUCCUCGUCGCUUCCUGGACUGGACGCACAAAGAGGUUCCGUUGGACGAGUACCGGGCGACCCACUAACACCUCUUUUACCGUCACUUCAUUAUGUGACACGAAGUGAAACCUUGGAAACUCUUCGAAGAAAAAAGGUGCUGCCCCGCAUUCCAGUGACACCAAUUAGUUACGAUGACGCUCAACGAAUUAUCGACUAUAUGGAUGGUCCCAUUGUGACACGAAACGACUGGAUCGGCGGAUUGUCGAUGUAUAGAUGGAGUAGUCGCCGGAAAUACCGGCUAAAUGUUCGAUCAAGGUUUGCUAAACGGACUAUCACUAAUAUCAUAGCUGUACUGGAAGGAAGGGAGGAACCUGACCGUUGGGUGAUGCUCGGGAAUCAUGUUGACGCAUGGGGUAAGGGUGCAGUCGAUCCGGUUUCUGGCACAGCUGUACAACUUGAGGUGGCAAGAGUGUUGGCAAAGGUUAGUUCAAAGGAGUUCUUAUCAGCUCUAUCUCAUGAAGACGACCAAGGCGUUCAAUUGUGUUCUGUCACUGGGAUGCUGAGAAUUUGGCCUCAUAGGCUCCAAGCAGUUGCCUACAUCAAUGUCGAUCACAUAGCCGGAGGCAGGUCAUUGGAUAUAAAGGCAGUUCCGCUUUUAUAUCGAACGAUAGUUGAAGCGUCUCAGAGAACGCCAUACUCGGAAGGUUCUACCGGGGACAGUCUCCUGGAUUCAUGGAGACAUUUUCGUCGUCGCGGUCCAUUCUUGGGUGAUCGUGCUGUUCCAGAAAUUGGUCUCCCAGCAGGAGGAUCAGACUACCAGAGAUUCAUAACUUUUGCUGGUAUUCCUGCAGCCGACAUUAAGUUGGAGCAAAGACCUGGUCAAUCGUACGCGCUCUAUCAUACCAUGUAUGAAACCCCAUGGACUUUUGAAAAUCUGAUUGAUCCAAACUACGCCUCGGUCACAUCUGUAGGUCUAUUGUGGGUGGAAAUCGUUCAUCGACUGGCUAACAGUUUGGUCAUUCCUUUCAAUGUACUGGAUUACGCUCAAUCCUUGUUGGUGUUGUUUCAUAAAGCCGAAACACACCUUUCAAGCCUGGAACUAACGGAAACGAUUGCUUGGCUGCCACAUAAGUUGAGUAGCUUGAAUGAGGCUCUACGUCGUUUUCACAACGCUUCCCGAAGCAUACAAGCGGAGGCCCAGGACAUUUCGAAUGGCUUGAAGAAGGCUUCCGCCCAACGGAUCAAUUCUAUCAAUGCUCGUCUACAGUACGUCGAACGUUCGUUUCUCAACCCAAUGGUUACGGUGGAUGAACUCUACUAUCGUCAUCUAGUAUUCUCACCAUCCACACAAUCUUCACGUAUAACGUCAUUUGCUAGUAUUCUUGACCCAGCUUUGAAAUAUCAUCAUUCUCAUAAUGAAACUCACUUGCAUAAUUUGGCAAUGGCAAUCACAAAAGUGCAAUAUGCUGUUGAAAGUGCCAUUGAUGCUCUUCAGUAG